GUUGUCUUCAUCCGAUCAUUCGACUAUGCGAGUCGCAAGAAAGUAAGGAGACCGGCAUGAGCCCAUCGUUUUUCUGUCGCUGGGACUGGUGUAGAUGCACGUUUCCGACCUACAAGGGCCUUGCAGAUCAUGUCGUGGGAGAACACAUUGAACAGGCUCAGCCUGUCCCUAGGCAGGACAUAGAACUGCUAUGUCGCGUAGAGAGUGCUAACGGGGCUAUCGAUAGCAUCUCCACUGACAUAUUCACCCAAUCUGAUGCGCAUCUUACAUUAUCCUCUCGCUCGCAAAAUGGUCUGUUCCCGAGUGAAGGUGCAGCUGAUCCGCACCCCAGGUCUCUCAGGUUGCCCUCCAGACAUGACGCAACCAUGAAGGCCUCAGCACCCUCUCUUGUAUCAAAUCCAUCUCCCCCGACACCUCCUCGAAUAGCCACGCCAGUGCAGCACGCAUCAUCUUAUUCCCCCUACCCGGUCACGCCCCAGCGCUCAGGAUUUUCAGCCUUAGCAGCUCAGUCGUCUCCAUCUCCCCCUGCAAGCUCGCCUCUCGAGUCUCCCGCCCUUAGCUUACUGGUAAAGAAUGCCAUUGCAGCUCACACAGGACCUACGUCACCAACUCAGAGAGGUAGAAGGGAUACAGACGCGGAUCCGCUAUCCGACUCUACUUCGUCGUCACGCGACAUCGAAGAGCAGCUGACGCAAGGCAUAUCUCCCCAGCUCUCACCCCCCUCCGCAGCAGCACCAGGGGAUAUGAAGACGCAAGGCGCUGUGAACCCUGAGAUUUCUCACAUUUCUGACGCCGUGUCUCCUUCUGGGCAUGCGUCUGCUCCUGGACAAGAGCCAGGCACGAGCUCUAAGUCGAAACACCCAGCACUUGACCCGGUCUCACAGUCUGCUUUUCCUCGGAACCCUCGCCCAAGACGAUUUCAACACGGCCAGUUCCUGCUCGAAUCAACUCCCUUUUCACAGUCUCAAGGCUCUAUUGUCUCGCAGGAAUUAAUUGAUGUUGAUCCUCCUGCAACCUUCGUAGGGUAUAGCUCAAUUCUUUCUUCGCAGACGCAGAGCCUGUCUAGCCAAGCGAAUUCAUUCCAGCUGCAUACGCAAGCGCCUUAUUAUUCGCAGAGUCAAGACGCGAGUCAUGCGUUCAUGCCGUCGCAUCAGUUCUGAACAACUUGCGGUGUGACAUUCUUCAUUCUUCAUCAGACACAUCGUACAUAUCCAUACCCGAAUUGUAUAUAUGCUGUCUAUUCG